GUUGGCAUUUGAAACCUGGCCGCAGUUGAACGCGAAACGGACGCAGAGUGCGCGCCAGGACCCGGAAGAGUCCUUAUCCAGUGCGAAACGCUGACGCGAGAUUUUACGCCGAAUUAAGUGAGGACAGUUGUGAGAGAUUUGAUUGGUUUUAGUGUGUUUUUGGGAUAUUGGUGGCUGAGAUUUGAGUGAAGUUCACUCAGGAAUUGCCAUAGUUGUGAAAGCAGCGGAAAAAUUGUAUUCCCACAACAAAGGAUUUGCUUUGAACAACUUAUCGCAACAGGGGUAAAAUCUACGUGAAUAGACGUUGGCAAAAUAAUACAACGAUGGUAUGUAGCUGGUGAAAAAGAUAAAUGUGAAAACGUCCCCCGACUGAAGCGGCAUAAUGAAUGCGAAUGGAAAUAAUAUAUCUUCGGAUAAUGAAUAUGGACUGCAAAGUUUUAGGAGUACAUAAGUUUCUCUGAAUUAGAACAUGGUUAUGAUGGUGUCUCCCUUUAGUCUUUUCAUCUUCUGCUCCGCGUUCUUCGGAUUCAUCAUUCACGGGGCCCUCACGGCGAAUGGUCUGAAGUGGGUUCGUGUGAACAUACCCCAGUUCAGAAUGCCAGGAGAAUCGGCGGUUCUUCACUGCGAUUACGAUUUGGGUGGAGAUGCUCUCUACGCCGUCAAGUGGUACAAGGAGCACGAAGAAUUUUACAGAUACGUCCCGAGAGCUAAUCCUCAAGCUACUUCGUAUAAAGUAGAGGGCGUUCAUGUAGAUCUUUCAAAGUCAGACAGCAUGAAAGUGACCCUUCACUCUGUUGGUUGGAAAACGAGCGGUCUCUUCAGAUGCGAGGUGUCAGCAGAAAAGCCCUCUUUUGCGUCAGCACAGAGCGAGGCGAGAAUGGAAGUUGUGUCACUUCCGCAGGAGGACCCAGUGAUAACAGGGGUGGAACCUCAGUAUCAAAUUGGGGACGAGAUAAAUCUGAACUGCACGUCAGGCAGGAGCUAUCCAGCGUCCAUACUGCAUUGGUACAUAAACGAACAACAGGUGGUAACACCGGCAUCGCUAGUUCGGUAUCCCCACACACACCACAAGCACGGACUCAUCUCAGUAACCCUUGGGCUGAGGUUUACUCUGAGCAAUCGUCAUUUUUUAGGAGGUUCUAUGAGAGUCAAGUGCAUUGCCUCGAUGUCACCAGAACUGUGGAGAGGCGACAGAGAAAGUGUAGUGCAAAGCAUGCCAGUGAAGGAUAUGAGGGAGGCACUUCUUCUGGUGAAGAGUUCGAGCAGUAAUGUUUUCGCUCCGUUCGCCAUACUCAUAGCUUUAUCUUGUGGAAUAGUUAUGUGGAGCCUAAAUUGACUGUGAAGAAGUGAACUAAAUCCAUGGAAAAUUGUGAUAAGUGCUGAUCCACUUGUAUUUAUGUGAUAAAUUUAAAAAUUACAGCAGUCAAAACUAUACAAAGUGCUGUGAAGUGAUCUUUGUGAAAACACUUUCCUGUCAUUUCUCUGAUGGAGUUCAGUUUAUUGUCGAGGACGUUGUAAAUAAUCCAUAAGUUUAUAUUUUUUUAAUUAAUGAGGUUAUUUCGUUCAAAAAAUUUUAUUUCUGUUACAAUCGAAAUUUGAAACUUUAGUUAGAUUAAUAGGACAUAUUGCAAUCACUUAAUUAAAACGGAGAAUACUCCAUGUGAAUACAGGAUUCAAUAAGGGAAUCAUUUCUACCAAAAUAACUGAGAUUCUAGAGUCAAUUGUUCUUCUGAUUACUUAGCAUUUGAAGCCAGAAGAUCUGAAUUAAAUUCUUGAAUUCAUAUGUACUAGAAUACUUCAUCAUCGAUUUUUUCGCUCCUAAAAAUUAAGUUUUAUUCCUUUUGUUCGGCUUUCAAAAAAAUCAUUUCACUUUUACUGAUUUUUCUUCUCUCAGCAACGCUUACAUCAAAUUUAUUCUUUUUGUACUUCAAUUUGAAUGUAACAAAGGAAAUCAAUUGUUUCUCCAUCAUUUUUCAUAAUAAGAUAUAAUUCCAAUUAAUUAAUUUUAUUUCAGAUUCCAAUGUAAUUUUUCAAACAUUAAAAUAUUGUAUAGUUUGAGCCUUUCUUCUCAUAGAGGAAGUUGAGAUAGAAUUUGAUUCACCUCUCCAUAUGUUGUAUGUGAUCCUGAUAAGUUUUCGACAAGCCUGUUAACUUAUCAUUGUGAAUAUUGAUAGAACGCACAAGAAAAAAAAGAUAAGGAGUGAAUAAUGGAAGGAAUUUUUAUAUGACGAAGUUGAAAGUUGAAUGGAACGUAUUUUUUGUACGAUGGGUUUGGAGAAUUUUGCAAUGCUUCCUUUUUGAAAAUUGUACACAAUGUUACUUCCAAGUUAAAAGUUGUCUUCAAAGCUUAUCAGGACACUUACCACCAUUGAUUUGUAUAGAAACUACCCACCUUGUGAUAAACUUGUAAAUUUCCUGCGAGAAACCCGUCAAUGUUAAUGGAUAAUUUGUACAGCCUUGCUUGUUGUGUGAAUCUGCUGAAUAUUUUCUCUGUUCAUAGAAAUAGUGAAUUAAUUUAAAUUAAUUUAGGAGAAUAUGUCAUAGCGAUGUGUCAGCUUGAGAAUAUAUUUUGGAAUUAUCAAUCAAAAUGUGCAUUCUACUCUGAUGGAUAUUGAAAGAUCAAACUUCAAAUAAAUGGUUUC